AAUUUAUGCCAAAGACCAUUUACUCGUAUGAAAUUAAUGCAGCCAAUGCCUUUAGCUGAAACUGGUUCUGCACUAGCAGCAGAAAGGAAAAUUGCAUCACAUGACCUAAGACGCAAACACCUUCUACCUCAAGCCCUUACAGCAGUAAACAGGCAAAGCUGUGCAGCCUCGGAUCUGCGCUUGGGGACUGAAAAUGUGCACCGUGGCCUUGUUUCGCUGGCCUACUUUCCGAUCUAAGCAGCUCUCUCGAGGCCCAUGUGGAGCAGGCAGUGUCUGUCUCCCCCGUCCACUUCGCAGGCUCCACCUUGAGGGAGCUGGCCACAGGCGGGGCUAAUGCGCUCUGCGCGUGGUGCUGUUCCCUGUGUCCCUUCCUGGGUUCCUAAUCCUCUACUCACAGUUCUCCACCUGUGCUCCUGAUACCCAGUCAUGCAGCGGAGAUCAAGAGGGAUCAACGUCGGGCUCCUUAUGCUCCUUUCCCAAGUGUUCCAUGUUGGGAUCAACAAUAUCCCACCUGUUACCCUGGCAACGUUGGCUCUCAAUGUCUGGCUCUUCCUGAAUCCUCUGAAGCCCCUGUACCAUUCCUGCCUCAGCGUGGAAAAGUGUUACCAGCAAAAAGACUGGCAGCGUCUGCUGCUUUCCCCCUUGCACCACGUCGAUGACUGGCACUUGUAUUUCAACAUGGCGUCCAUGCUCUGGAAAGGGAUAAAGCUGGAGCGAAGACUGGGGAGCAGGUGGUUCGCCUACGUCAUCACCACCUUCUCCCUCCUCACCGGGGUGGUGUAUUUGCUCCUGCAGUUUGCUCUUGCUGAAUUCAUGAAUCAGCCCGACUUCAGAAAGAGCUGUGCUGUCGGCUUCUCAGGAGUUCUGUUUGCCUUGAAAGUUCUUAGCAACCAUUACUGCCCUGGCGGCUUUGUCAACAUUUUGGGCUUUCCUGUCCCCAACAGAUUCGCUUGUUGGGCAGAGCUGCUGGCCAUUCACUUCUGCUCCCCAGGGACUUCCUUCGCUGGGCAUCUGGCCGGCAUCCUUGUUGGACUGAUGUACACUCAGGGGCCUCUGAAGAAAGUCAUGGAGACAUGUGCAGGCCUUUUUUCCUCCAAUGUUGGGUAUCCAGGACAGCAGUACUACUUUAAUAGUGCAGGCCCCUCUGGAUAUCAGAAUCACUACCCAGAUGGCAGACCGAGGGCCUAUGAAGAAACUCAUAGGAACUAUGAUGUCUAUACAGCAGGACUGAGCGAGGAAGAGCAGCUGGAAAGAGCAUUAAGAGCCAGCCUCUGGGACCGAGGAAAUACCAGAAACGGCCCCACACCCUAUGGGUUCCGACUCACGCCAGAAGAAGAGAUGAGGAGACAGCGCCUGCACAGAUUUGACGGCCAGUGACGUGGCACCACGCCUGGGAAGACAUGGCCCAGCUGUGGGACUGUAGCCCAUUCAGCUUGCUCCCCAAGCCCCUAAUUGGCUUUAAACAAAGGCAGAGCUUACCAUUAUUGUUGCAGAUCACUCAUGUCUGCCAUGAACUGCCACUCCAUGGCCCCUCUAUGUCCAGAUUCCCAAGCUCAGCUGACACAUCUGGAAACCAGGCUUGUCCCAGGAAGUGCACGGCUUUCCCUGAGUGGCCCGUCUGGUCCUAUGCUCUCUCCUAAACCAAAGGUCACCUCUUCAGCUGGGACCAGUUUUCACACUCCCUUCUUUUCUACCUGACUCAGUGGCACAUCUACAUUGGGGUUGAAGACGGUGACCUUCUUAGGAAAUACGUUUUCACCAGGUGAGAGGAUCAGUUUUCACCAGGUGAGAGGAUCAGCUCUCACUCUGCCUGGUACACUGGGUGCUCGGCUUGGCAGGAGGUGCACUGCCACUCUUGGUCCUCCUGGCAUGUUUCCAUGGUGACAUGGGAAGACGAUGUGGCUGCCUUCCCAGGAUAUUCCAUCCUCUUUCACGCAGGCCCCGCGGGGUGCUUUGUCUGUGUGUAGAAUAUCUGACAGGAGGGGAACAGGAAAGACACCUCCUAACUCAUCAGAUAUCCCGUGGCACCAGCAGUUUGGGUUCACAGCCACCCCUCCAGGAGCAGGAGACUUGUUAACUCCUUUGCAGAGCAGCAAGAAGCACGUGCCACAUCACAGAGCAAAGUGGAGAUAUCCAGUGGAUUUCUCACUUGGAAUCCCAUUUGCAGGAAGUAUUUUUUUUUCUUCGUAAAGUGCCUUUUCAUUGGCCACUGUGGCUGCUGUCUGUUAUAAACAAGUGUCCAAAAAAUGCCCCCAGAGAACUGCAGUGUUUAAUACACAGAUUGUCCAAGUCACUUAAGGGAUUUCUGUUGCUUGUGUUCUGAGAAUAAAAGGACAAAGCCAGAAUGUCGAUCGCUACUGCCUCACUGUCGUGGAGCGUUUAGUUAGGAGGGAGUCAGGAGCAGCAAAUGAUGCUCCCAUUUUAACCCACCAUUCAUGUAGAGUUUUCUAUUAUAAAAAUUGUAGACAGGCUUUCUUAAUGCACAAUGCAGACUGUUAAUACAGAUUGGCUUUGGAGGGGGAGUGUGUGGGACCUGACUUUCUUUGUUUACAGUUUUAUAUUCUAUUUUUAAAUGUGUGUGUGUGUGCUUUCAGAAGACUAAUUAUAUAAUAAAUCAAGAAACUUGUAACCAGUAAAACA